UCAAGUUAAGAAUUGGCACUUUAGUUGAAUGAUUAGCAGCUUCACUCUUCAAUUCCUUUUGCCUUUUCCCUGACCAUUCUACCAUACUGAAAUUUCAUAUCAUGUUUCCUUUUCUCCUCUAACUCAAACACAUCUCUCAACCUAUGGAGGAUUCAGUUAGACUCAAAUUUCAUUAACGAGUCCAUUUCUGCAACAUCAAAAUGGGAAGUGGAAAGCAAAGAUGGAGAAUCUCCUUCCACAAAUCUCCAAUAAAAGUAAAACACCCUCCAAUGGAAUUCAUCUGUCCAAUUUCUGGUUCUCUUAUGGCUGAUCCUAUAAUUGUCUCUUCAGGCCAUACCUUCGAACGUCACUGUGUUCUUGCCUGUAAAUCCCUCUCUUUCACCCCCAUUUUACCUGAUAAUUCUAUUCCCAAUUUCUCCACUAUCAUCCCUAAUCGCGCCCUCAAAUCCACCAUUCUCAACUGGUGCUCUUCUUCCCAUAUCGAUCCUCCUAUACCCCUCGAUUUCCUCUCUGCUGAAAAUCUCGUCCGUACGUUAAUGGCUACCCAAAACACCAAUAAUACCAAGAAUUGUGAUGUUAUGAACCGGUUCAUUGAGUCUGUAACACUGUUGAAUCGUCAAAUUUCUACUACUUCUGAGGAGUCUGUGACUCCUACGAGUGGACCCACAACUGCUCUAACUCGACCCUGCUGUUACUCUUCAGCAUCGUCCUCAGAAAUGGACCCCACAAACCCCAAGUCGUGUGAAGAAGAUGAACUCAUCGUCAAACUGAAGAGCUCCCACGUGUUUGAACAAGAAGAAGCUGUGAUCUCACUUAGAAAGCUGACCCGGACCCGGGAAGAAACCCGUUUUCAGCUCUGCACUCCUCGUUUGCUCUCAGCUCUCCGUUCUGUCAUCUCCUCGAGAUAUGCUUCAGUACAGGUGAAUUCCAUAGCAGCGCUAGUGAACCUUUCCUUAGAAAAUGGAAACAAGGUGAAGAUUGUUCGUUCUGGAAUUGUUCCGCCGUUAAUUGACGUGUUAAAAGGAGGAUUCCCUGAAUCGCAAGAACAUGCUGCAGGUGCACUUUUCAGUUUAGCUUUAGAUGAUCAGAACAAAACUGCAAUUGGGGUUUUGGGGGCACUGCCUCCUCUGCUUCACUCUCUCCGUUCUGAGUCAGAACGGAUGCGGCAUGAUUCGGCUUUGGCACUGUAUCAUCUUUCUUUGGUUCAGAGUAACAGGGCUAAGUUGGUGAAACUCGGGGCGGUUCAGUCGCUAUUAGGCAUGGUGAGAACAGGUCAUAUGACGGGACGAAUUCUGUCAAUAUUGUGUAACAUGGCAGCGAGUUUAGAGGGGAGAGGAUCUAUGCUUGAUGGGGGUGCUGUGGAGUGUUUUGUGGGUAUGUUGAGACAGGGAGAGUUUGAUGCAGAAUCUAUUCGUGAGAGUUGUGUUACUGCAUUAUAUGGACUAAGUCAUGGUGGACUUAGGUUUAAAGGAUUGGCAAAAGAGGCUGCUGCAGAAGACUUGUUGAUAACACUUGAGGAAAUUUUGGAAGGUGAGAAAGCCAAGGAUAAAGUUAGGAAGAUAUUGCAGGUGUUGAGGGAGAAAGACGAAGAGGAGGAAGAAAUUGACUGGGAGGAGUUGCUUAAUUCUGAUGGUGAUACAAAUUCUGCAUAGUUUUCUUCCCUUAAUUGGGUAUUAAGUGCUUUUUUUUCUGGACAUGAAAUUGUAACUAGGCAAGGUUUUCCAUUCACAAAAUGGAUUUUAGGUUUGCUUGUGGUGUCUUUUGAGACAAUGUGUGGAUUUGACAAAGUAAAUAUCGGUUUCUUGAUUGUUGAAAUUGUAAAGAAAAGAUUUUGAACAGUGUGUUAUGGUUUUGGGAAAAUGUUUUUAACAUGAGCCCAUUGUCUUCUACUAUUGUUUGGCCAUCCUUGAAUACCAGAUUGUAUUCUUCAUUUCUUGUGUGAA